AUGCGUUCACCGGUCCAUUCACUGCUCUUCUGCUUGGGCCUGUUUGCCCUCCUCGCCGAGGCGUCCCCUGUUCGGUCCGACACCCGGAAUACGAUCCAGAAACGCUCCUUCCUCGUCCCGCGUGUCAAGAACGAGAACUUUCAAGGUCACAAUGGGCCCCGUCAGCUUUUGAGAGCCUACCGCAAGUACAGUAUGCCUGUGCCGCAGGGUCUCGAGGAAACUGUUGCUCGACAGACGGCACAAGCCAAGCUCAAGGCUCGCCGGAGGAACGGCACGGGGGUUGUCAAGGCCACUCCUAUCCGCAACGACGUUGAAUAUGUCUCGCCCAUCAAGAUUGGCGGCCAGACGGUUACUGUCGACUUUGAUACCGGGUCUUCUGACCUUUGGGUCUUCACCUCACAACUCGGUAGACAGGCACAGGCUGGUCACGAAAUUUACCACCCUGCCCAGAGCAAAACAUUUUCUAUGCUUCGCGGAAACAGCUUUGAUAUUUCAUACGGCGACGGAUCUGGAGCCGCAGGCAACGUCGGCACGGACGUCGUCGAUAUUGGGGGCGCUACUGUCACGCGGCAGGCCAUUGAGAUGGCGACAGCCCUGUCCGCCUCCUUUGUCGAGGAUACCGCGAACAAUGGUCUCAUGGGCCUCGCCUUUUCCAAACUCAACACAGUCAAGCCUCAGAAGCAAAAGACCUUCUUCGACAACGUUAUGCCGAGCCUCGCCGAGCCCGUUUUUACGGCUGACCUGAAGAAGGCCGCCGUCGGUGCGUACGAGUUUGGCCGUGUCGACCCCGCCAAGUUUGUUGGUCAGAUGACGUACGUUCCGGUCAACACUUCGAACGGCUUCUGGCAGUUCUCGAGCGAAAGCUUCUCGGUCGAUGGUGGCACCCCUCAGCCCGGCCAGCCGACGCAGUUCGUGGCCUUCAAUGGCGGCAACAAUUCUCUCGGUUUCGCCGAGCACGCAGACGGCCAAGCCCGACCCACGCAGCUGGGUCAGCAGCAGCAGCAACAACAGGGGACGGGCGAAACGCAACCCCUAAGAGGGUGA